GCUCCUCAACCGAAGAAAACAAAAAAGAUAGUAACAUGUGGAAGUGUUCCAUGUGGGGCUUUAAUGCAUGAGCUAACUGAAUAUUUUUGAUGAAUUAAAUCACUCUACUUUAUCAUAGUGAAAAUCAAUAGGAUAGUUCAAUAUUUAUUAAUCAUGUCUUUCUUUAUAAAGAAGAAAUCCGCCUCAAUGGCUGCCGGGAAAGGCGAAAAGUCUGUUGCUGGCAAGCGGAAGGCUGAUAAUCAGGGUGGAAAAGGGCGUCCACAAAAGCUCAAUAAACGCCAGAGUGAGGAAAUCUCCAGCGAAUCAGAAAACGAAAACGAUGACGCGCAGGUUCGAAAGCAGAAGGAGGUGGAGGGGGACGAGGAGAUCGAGGAGACGCCGCAGGAGAAGAAGCUGCGUCUGGCUAAGCUUUACCUGGAGCAGCUGAGAGAAGAAGAGGAGAAGAAGGCGGAAGACGAGGAGUUUGAAUCAGACCUGAUAGCCGGACGCCUGCAGGAGGACGUGCUGGAGCAGAAAGGCAAACUGCAGAGACGCAUCGCUGAAGAGCUCAUAGCGCCGGAUCCUGCCGAAAUCCGCUUGCUGAGAGGACACAAGCUCUCCGUCACGUGUCUGGUCAUCACCCCGGACGAGAAACACAUCUUCUCCGCGUCUAAAGACUGUUCCAUCAUCAAGUGGGAGGUGGAGAGCGGGAGGAAGGUGCAGAAGAUCGCAGGAGGGAGGAAGGGGACGGAGGAACGGCACGUGGGUCACACGGGACACGUCCUCUGCAUGGCUAUUUCCUCUGAUGGCAAAUACCUGGCCACAGGAGACACGAACAAGCUGAUCAUGAUCUGGGAAGCUGCUACGUGUAAGCACCUGUACAGGUUCACGGGACACAGAGACGCCGUAUCGGGGUUGGCGUUCAGGAGAGGAACACAUGACCUGUACAGCGCCUCUCACGAUCGCUCAGUCAAAGUGUGGAACGUGGAUGAGAACGCUUAUGUAGAAACUCUAUUUGGGCAUCAGGACGCGAUCACGGGCUUGGACUGCCUCGGACGGGAGAGGUGUGUGACCGCAGGGGGCCGCGAUCGAACGCUCCGAGUGUGGAAGAUCGCCGAGGAGACGCAGCUGGUCUUCAACGGGCACGAGAGCUCCAUCGACUGCAUCCAGCUCAUAAACGAAGAGCACAUGGUUUCAGGCGGCGAUGACGGCUGCGUGUCCGUCUGGUCCGUGAACAGGAAGAAGCCGCUGACUACUGUGAAGCGGGCACACGGUCUCCAUGGCGACGCCGGGCUGGAAGGGCCGUAUUGGGUGUCCUCCGUUGCAGCGUUGCACAACUCCGACACCGUAGCCUCAGGUGCCUCAGGCUCCCAUAAUGCCUCUGUGCAGCUGUGGAAGUGCGGGCCGGGAUUCCGAGGCCUGGAGCCGCUCUUCAGCAUCCCAGUGAAUGGUUUUGUGAAUAGUUUGAAAUUCUCCAACACGGGCAAGUUCCUGGUGGCCGGCGUUGGACAGGAGCACAGACUUGGCCGAUGGUGGAGGAUGAAGGAGGCUAAGAACGGACUUUACAUCAUUCCUCUCAGAAGACAGAACAAAGAGACUAUGACGACUGAGCAAUAACACAAUAAUACACACUCUGAGGACUGGAGUUUUGUCUAGUUUUAUUAUGGAUAUUUUUUGUUGGCAUCUGUAUUAGUAUUCCGUUAUGUUCAAUAUGUAAUAUUGUGCAGAAAUCUAAAAAUAAAUUUAAGUUCCCA